AUGGCGCGAACGUGCGCGUGGUCCGCGCUGCUGUUGCUCGCGGUGCCGGCGAGCUGCGAGGCACUCAUGUCCCUCUCCCACGUGCAAGGGCGCAAGCAACAGAACCUCACCGCGUUCCAGAAGCAGUGGAUCGACCCUGACACGGACCCCGAGUUCUACACGAUCCCCGUGCCCAAUGGUCCGUACGAUUUCGGCGGCAACGCUAGCUUCAAUACCGAGUAUGAGCUCAUCUUCUCGGACGAAUUCAACAACUCGAAACGUACGUUCGAAGCGGGCUUUGACUCCAAGUGGACGGCCGUGGACAUUCGCGAUACUACCAACAUGGGGCAGCACUACUUUCUGCCGCAAGCCGUGCAGAUUGACAAGGGCAAUCUCAUCAUCACUACGACCAAGCCCAAACAUCGCUACCGCGGUGCCAAGUACGUCAGUGGCAGUGCGCAGACGUGGAACAAGUUCUGCUACACCGGCGGGUACGUCGAAGUCCGAGCAAUCUUGCCAGGCAAGUGGGGCAUCCCCGGCACGUGGCCAGCUAUCUGGAUCAUGGGCAACAUUGGCCGUGCUCCGUUUCUAGGCUCUCAAGACGGCACAUGGCCCUGGAGCUUUGACGUGUGCGCUCCGUACAUUGAAAAGCUGGAGAAAGUCAAGCAGAAGAUCAACGCCUGUGGCAAUCUCACGGACAAGCACGAUAAGAAUUCGUACCCCGAACGGUACGGCCUCAAUCCUUUCCAAGGCCGUGGAGCCACGGAAAUUGACGUGAUUGAAGCCCAGAUUCGUGCUCGCGACGAGCCAGCAUACAUUUCGACGUCGCUGCAGAUUCGUCCUAGUCUGCUGGACGAUAUGCGCCCUGGAUCUGAGAACUUGCCCGGUCCUGGGCAGUGGUACCAAGGCCUGAAGUUCGGCCAGUUUACGCGUAUCAACAGCGACUACUACGGCACACUGGGCCUCGACUCCAUCUCUGCGCUGACACAGCUUGAAUCCAAUGCAUUCAAGUCGUUCCACAUAUACCGCUUGGACUGGUCGCCCGGUCCGGAGGGUUACAUUCGCUGGUGGAUGGACAAUGCUUUCUUGUUUGAGAUUCCUGGAUCUGCGUUGGACAAGUGGGUGGGCGAUGUCCCUCCUCGCCGGAUCCCAGUAGAGCCCAGUUACCUCAUCCUGAGUACGGCCGUUUCCGAAAAGUUCUCUCCACCGUGCUCGGGUGAGAUCUGUGACUCGUUGUGGCCCUCGAACUUUACGAUCGACUACGUGCGUGUCUACCAGGGCAACCCGAACCGGUACACCUCGGUAGGAUGCAACCCGGAGGCGUUUCCUACAUCUGGUUGGAUCUAUGCCAAUCCUGUGAAUUAUGGUCUACCGUGGUACGUUUCCCUACGCGUAGACAUCGGUCUUCUGCACCUGUUUGCUCUGGUGAACGCGCUCCUGGGUCUUUUCAUGGCAUUUUGCGGGACGUCGCAUCCAAAAGCAAUGUCGGUAUACGCUAGCUCGCUAUGGCUCACUGCGUCGAUCUACGGCGCUUUGAGCACUAUCGCCCCUGCAGAUUAUGAGUGGGUCCAAACGGCAAUUGCAUGCAUGUGCGGACUCGUACUUGGUGGUCUAUGCUGUUUGGUGUAUCCCGUGUCCUUGGGCGCGAUUCUUGGACUGUACAGCGGCGUGGUGAUCAGCCAGUUUGUUCCGCUGCUGUCGACACGAGUGAUAACUGCAGUGCUAGUAUGCGCUGGUAUUGCACUGGGAUGUGCACCGCGGAUUGAUACGAAGCACAUCGUGAUUCUAUCGACGUCAUGGCUUGGGAGUUUGGCGUUUUUGUUGUCGUUGUCGCUGUGGGUGAGUGAAGGCGAUUUCGCUGAGAACGCAUGGAAUCUCGCCGGUUUCAUCUUCAAUGGCCACAAGCGCGACCACGUCGGUCUCUGCACCGAGCAUUGCCUAGCAAUGUAUGGCCUGCUUGUCCUGCUUAGUACCGUGACUACGGUCUACGCAUACUAUCGCAUGCGCGGUGUGUUUCUGCGCAACGACACGAUCAAAGCGCGCAAGGCUAAGUUCCCGCCGGUGUCUGCGAGUUCAGAUGCUCGGUCGUGGCGACCUGAAGACGACGACGUGUCGGGCAUGGAAAAGGAUAUGAUAAACUUCUUUUCGCCGUCCAAGCUACCACACAACAUGCAACAGUUCAGUACCAUCUUCCGUAUUGCAGUCAACGUGCAGCGCUCGUUUGGUUUUCAGGUGGAUAACUUCCGUAACCAGACGGAGCACAUUGUGGUGCUGCUCACCAACAGCAGUCGCAAGAGCGGCAACCCGUAUCGGAAGCUGCACGCUCUGGUGUUUUCCAACUACAACAAGUGGUGCUCCAAGCUCGUGAUCAAGCCUUUGCACUGGAGUGAGCAUCGGGCACCUCAAGGUGGUCUCACUAGCGUCGAUGAGAUUUCAGUGGACUUGUGUUUGUUCUUCUUUAUCUGGGGCGAGGCGAGUAACUUGCGUCACUCUCCUGAGUUUGUGUGUUUCUUGUUUCACAAGAUGAAGGAGGAGUUCCCAUCUGCUCGUCACUCGGAACGUGAAGCAGGAUACUUUUUGGACACAGUCGUGACACCUGUGUACGGCUUGUUGAAGUCCGAAAUGACGUCCAAGUAUGACCACGAGGACCGGCACAACUACGAUGACUUCAACGAAUUCUUCUGGUCGAGAGCGUGUCUGAAGUACGACUACAAGCACGAAGAGGUCAUCGACAUGUCGUCGCCGAACCCCAGCAUGCAUUUCAAGAAGAGGAAGCAGCAACGCGAAGGUCUGAUAGGGCAGAGCGGCCUCGUCGGUCGUGGUGGACUCAACAGUGGCACGAAAAGCAGCAGCCGCUCAAACAGUCGCAAAAGCAUCGCUGAAGGGUUUACAGAAUCUGCGAAGACGUUUGUGGAAAAGCGGACGUGGCUGCUGCCACUGCGAGCAUUCAACCGUAUCUUCAACUUCCACGUGCUCUCGUUCCACUUUUUGGCAGCGCUCGCGCUCGUGAGCGAGCAAGAAUGGGGCUUCACUGAAUCGUGCAAGAUUGUCUCGAGCACGUUCAUUACACCAUUUUUGCUGGACAUUCUGAGGGAUGGUCUCGAUAUUUUUGCCGUGUACCACGUGCACCAGAAGGCAUCUUCGGCAGUGCGUAGCGUGCUCCGCAUGCUUGUGCAUCUGGCCGUGUUGGUGAUAUCUUCGAUGCUAUACUGGUGUGCAUGGGCGUACGGCGAUCCCUGGUGGCAGUCAUAUUACGUGGCUGUGCUGCUCUUCCACAUUCCAAGCUUGCUCAAUUGUGUCAUGCAGGUCAUGCCUGGCUUUACAAACUGGACGCGGCGCACACAUUUCGGCCCGGUCGCUUUCAUCCGUGACAUUAUGAGCCCCAUGGACCGCUUGUACGUUGGUGACAACGUGCUGGACCCUGAGUCGAUGAGUGUAGGCUACCAGAUUUUCUGGAUCUCUCAGCUAUCUUGGAAGUUGUACUUCAGCUACAAGUUCGAGAUUUCCCCACUCGUCGUGCCAAGUUUCUUGCUCUACGCCGAUCACGUGGAAAAUAACGUGAGCAUGAUCACAACUGCGUUCCUUAUCUUCCUGAAUUGGAUGCCCUUCUUCCUGGUUUUCUGCGUGGACAUAACGAUCUGGAAUUCGAUCUGGAUGGCCUUCACGGGCACGUUUGUAGGCUUCUCGUCACGUAUCGGAGAGAUCCGCAACUUUAGUCGCGUCCGCUCAGCUUUUGGUCGCGCCGUGGAUGCGUUUAACGCCAAGGUGAUCUCUCGAAACUCGAAAACAGGGCUUCAAAUCUCUGAAGGCACCGGUACGCCCUAUGGCUCGACGGCGGUGGGCCACGAGAUGCUCGAGCGCGUUGCCGGUGGCGCCGACCCGACGUCCCGCAUCUUGUCCCAGCGCAAUACUUCCGUUCACGAUGACGAGACUCCUCUGCUAUCGUUUUCGCGCCGCAAACAGACGCCAAUGGAGCGGCAAGCGGCUCGUCGACGCAAGUGGUAUUCGUUCUCAGUGGUCUGGGAUACGAUCAUUGACAGCAUGCGCGCGGACGACUUGAUUUCGAACAAGGAAAAAGCUGUUCUUCACUUUCGCCGUCUUGAUGGGUACCAACGAGAGAUUUAUCUUCCGCAGUUUCAGCUGGCAGGCUGUUUCGAGAACUUCACGUCCUCCGUUCUUGACAUCUACUCGUCUAAUGACGGUAAGGUAUCAGAGCGCGUUCUGCAAGACAAGUUGCUGGAAAUUCUGAGCGAACAGCCGAUGGUGGAAGAGUCGCUGGAAGAAAUCUGGGAACUUGCGAACUGGGUGCUCAUCAAUGUGCUUGGCCCAUGCCACGCCAACGAUGUAAAGCACAUCACGGGCGUGCUGAGCUCGUGGGCUGCUCGUGGCGUGUUCCGUGCGCUGGACCUGCAGAAGGUGGCUCCGUGCGGUCGUGCGCUCGCAGCGUUGGUGUCUCUUUUGAAGUCGAAUGUCCGAGUGUGGAAGGAGAACGUCAAGAUGAUUCCGGUGCGCAAAGAUCCUUCUGACUAUGCAUCCUACGAGUUCCCGCAGCAAUCGAACUCGUAUCGUCCUGCGUCAUCAGGACUUACGAAAUCAGCAAGUACGACGGGUCUGUCGUCACUCGGUCGCGAUCCUCCUCGUCGCAGUCGUGGUUCCGGCGUUGCUCGCAUUGCGCGCAUGCAACAGCAGACACACAAGCCUGCUAUGAACAACGGCAAGGCUGCGCACUCGAUUCCUAGCGCGCACAUCAUGCAGAUUCGUGAGCGUGUCCGCACCUUCCUCAACCUGGGAAAGGAGAUGCUGGCUCGCGUUCCUGAACAGGACCCGGUACACGCUGAAAGCAAGGGUAUCUCUGACCGUCUGACGUGGAUCCUUACACAAGAACGCGGUUUUAUGUGGGACGACGACUAUACGGGCGAGCAAAUUACGCUCACUGCGUUUGAAUCCUACACGGACGUGGUACUAUCGCACUUGCACGGACUUCUGACCUUGCAGAAAAUCGAGUCCGAGCCGCAGUCGUACGAUGCGCGUCGCCGGUUGCUGUUCUUUGUGAACUCGCUCUUCAUGGAUAUGCCACUAGCCCCAUUGCUCGAAGAGAUGAAGUCAUGGAGUGUCAUAACGCCGUUUUAUGCGGAGGAUGUUUUGUAUUCGAGAAAGGAUCUUGAGAGCAAGCAGGACGGCCUUGAUGUACACACCCUUCUGUUCCUUCAGACACUGUACAAGCGGGACUGGGAGAACUUCUUGGAGCGCGUAAAGCCUAAGAAGAACAUUUGGAAGAAUCCGGACACCGCCAUUGAGUUGCGCAUGUGGGCAUCACUGCGCGGCCAGACACUUUCGCGUACCGUACAGGGCAUGAUGUACGGCGAAGCAGCUAUCCGUUUGCUUGCCGAUAUCGAACAAGUUCCGCAACAGAAGCUGGAGGAUCUGAUCAAUACCAAGUUCACGUACGUCGUGGCCUGCCAAAUCUACGGCCGUCAGAAAAAGAACAACGAUCCAAAGGCGAGUGACAUCGAGUUUUUGCUGCACCGAUUCCCGAAUCUUCGUGUGGCGUACAUUGACGAGGUCCGCGUGAACUAUCAAAAGGAGCAAUCGUACUUUUCCGUGCUCAUCAAAGGUGGCGAAGAACUUGGCUCGGUGCAUGAAGUGUACCGUGUACGGCUUCCAGGCAAUCCGAUAUUGGGUGAGGGUAAACCUGAGAAUCAAAACGCGGCUAUCGUGUUCACUCGUGGUGAAAACUUGCAAACGAUUGACAUGAACCAGGAUGGGUACCUCGAAGAAGGAUUGAAGAUGCGGAACUUGCUUGAAGAGUUUGACAAGGGUACUGAAGAUCGGCCUUAUACGAUUGUGGGAAUUCCGGAGCACAUUUUUACAGGCAGCGUGAGUUCGUUGGCUAACUACAUGGCGCUGCAAGAGACAUCCUUCGUGACGCUGAGCCAGCGUACGCUGGCGCGUCCAUUGCGAAUGCGUUUGCACUACGGCCAUCCGGACGUGUUCAACAAGCUCUUCUUCAUCACGCGCGGUGGCAUUAGCAAGGCGAGCAAAGGCAUCAAUCUUAGCGAAGACAUCUUUGCUGGUUACAACAACUGUAUGCGUGGUGGAUGCGUGACGUUCCCGGAGUACACGAAGUGCGGCAAGGGACGUGAUGUCGGCAUGCAGCAGAUCUACAAGUUCGAGGCGAAGCUGGCUCAAGGGGCAGCCGAGCAGUCGCUCUCGCGCGACGUGUAUCGAAUUGGCCAACGCCUCGACUUUUUUAAGCUGCUCUCCUUUUACUACAACCAUGUAGGGUUCUACUUCUCGACGUCCGUGAUCAUCUGGACCGUUUACUUCCUGCUGUACUGCAACUUGCUACGCUCGUUGCUUUCUCUGGAGGGUGUCGGCGGACGCGAACCCGUACUAUUGAGCACGCUGCAAAUUAUGCUGGGGUCUGUCGCGUUCUUCACGACUGCUCCGUUGCUGGCGACAAUCUCCGUCGAGCGUGGUUUCAAAGCUGCGCUGAGCGAGAUUUUCGUCCUGUUCGUGACUGGCGGUCCAAUGUACUUUUUGUUCCACAUUGGCACGAAGUGGUUUUACUUUGGACAGACGAUUCUUGCAGGCGGUGCGAAAUACCGUGCGACGGGCCGUGGAUUCGUGACGAAACACUCGUCGUUCGAUGAGCUGUACCGGUUCUAUGCGAGCAGUCACUUGUACGCGGCCGUUGAAAUUGCCGCCGGUCUGACCGUUUACUUCAUUUUCACGAUCGGCCACGAGUACUUCUCGAUGACGUGGUCGCUGUGGCUCGUGUGUAUAUCGUGGUACUGGUCGCCGUUCUGGUUCAACCCUCUGUCGUUCGAGUGGUCUGACGUGAUGGAAGAUUUCCGCUUGUGGUUCAAGUGGAUGCGCGGUGACGGUGGCAACCCCAAUCAGUCGUGGGAGGCGUGGUUCAAAGAGGAAAAUGCGUACUUUGCCACCAUGCGACCGUGGGCAAAGGCGUGCGUUGCAAUCAAGGGCGGGCUGUUCGCGCUGAUUGCAUUCUCCAUAUCAUCGACAGACGACGAAUACCACUCGAUCCUUACGCAGUCCACGUGGCUCCCGCUGUCCAUUUGCUGCUCGAUGGCCGCGGUCUACCUCAGUGCCCAAGCAGUGUUUUUCACCUCAUCUCGCUCGUUCGGGGAAAGUGGUCUUGUCCGCUUCCUGAAGCUCAUUUUGAUGCUUGUAUUGGCCUCGAGCUUCAUGCUCGCUUUCGUGUACGUGGACGGUAUGUGGCAAUGCUUCCUUAGCAUGGGAUACCUCGCGGCGGCAGUGGGCUGCUGGGCACUGAUCUUCGUUGGCACCAACUCGCGCUUUGUUGGUACACUUUACUUUGUGCACGACGCUGCGCUGGGCCUUGUGUCCCUGAGCCUGAUCGUGUUGCUCGCAGCACUGUACGUCCCGGGCAAGAUUCAGACGUGGCUGCUGUACAACAACGCUCUAAGUCGUGGCGUAGUGAUCGAGGACAUCCUUCGAGCCAACUCGAGCAAUGACGACCGCGACGAUGACUUGUCGGUGCAGCAGAUGCGCUCGGUGAUCAUCGAACAGCAGCGGUUCAUCAACGUGUUGACUGCUAGCGGCAGUGAGACAGACAUCCGUGACGCUGGGUCUCAGAAGAAAGAAGACCUGAUGCACGCUAUGAGUGACAGCACGCUCAACGCGGUGCUAAGGAACAUGUCGGAGUCGGAGCUGAGUGCGCUGCAGGAUUCGUCGAGCCGUUUGCAGGCCAUUAUGGCCGAGGAAGAGCGGAAGGUCGCGCAGCAGAGUCGGCAGCAGGAAGAGCAACGACUCGCUGCGGCAGGUAUGAACCCGUCGCUGUCGCAAACACGUCGAGCUUUUUCUACCAACGACUUUUCUGCCAUUCCAGCGAACGCGGCUCCGUUUGAAUUGCCGACGCCUCAUGCGCCGGAUGGUAGUAGCACUCCCGACGGUGAUGCUGCUAAUUAA